AUGGGAUCAAGAAAGACUGCUUUGGUGAAGACAAGGCUCAUGAGAGCCUUGAAGAGGAACAGAGAGAUUCCUGCAUGGAAGAGAAUGAUGAAGGAGCACAAGGGGGAGUACAACAAGGCAAGAAGACACUGGAGAUCAAAGAAGUUGAAAAUCUAUUAA